AUGUUUGACCCUAAAAUUUUAGAUAUCCCAGCUGUGAUAUUUGACAACGGAUCUGGAUUAUGCAAGGCUGGUAUUGCAGGGGACAGUGCGCCAAGGUCAGUUAUUACAGCAAUUGUUGGUCGCUCGAAAGCCAAAGCAACGAUGCUAGGAGCAGGACAGAAGGAAUUUUAUGUUGGAGAAGAAGCCCAGUCCAAAAGGGGUGUCUUAAGUUUGAAUUAUCCAAUCGACCACGGCAUAGUUACGUCCUGGGAUGACAUGGAGAGGAUCUGGAGACAUGUCUACGAGUGUGAGCUGAGAAUCAAAGCUAGCGACAGGCCGGUGCUACUGACGGAGGCCCCACUCAAUCCCCUACAGAACCGGGAAAAAAUGACUGAGAUCAUGUUUGAAGGCUUUAAGGUGCCUGCCAUGUAUGUUGCAGUGCAGGCGACGCUGGCACUCUAUGCCUCAGCACGCACCACAGGGAUAGUAAUGGACAGUGGAGACGGAGUUACCCACACCGUACCCAUCUACGAAGGAUACUGUUUACCCCAUGCAGUUUCCAGGCUGGAUAUCGCAGGCAGGGAUAUCACUGAAUACUUCAUGAGACUCCUUUUGGAAAGUGGCCACUCCUUCGUGAGCACAGCUGAGAGGGAGAUCGUGAAAGAUAUCAAGGAGAAGCUGUGCUAUGUGGCUUUAGAUCCUGUCAAAGAAACGAAAGCAAAGCCAGAAGAAAUCCUCAAAGAAUACAAACUGCCUGAUGGAAAUAUCAUUAAGAUAGGCAAUCAGCUCUUUCGAGCCCCGGAGACCCUUUUUAUGCCCGCUAACAUUGGUAUCGAAGCCCCCGGGGUGCACAAAAUGAUCUUCAACAGUGUGAUGAAAUGUGACAUUGAUGUUCGCAGGGAUCUUUACGACAACGUGCUUCUUUCCGGUGGGUCCACCCUAUUUCCUGGGCUGGAUGAACGGAUCCUGAGGGAGAUGCAGCGGCAGGUGCCCAUCGGGAUGGCCGUACGGGUCAUAGCACCGCCCGAGAGGAAGUACUGUGUGUGGAUCGGGGCCUCCAUCCUCACUUGCUUGUCAGCUUUUAAACAAAUGUGGGUCACCGUCAGUGAUUACAAAGAGUUUGGUGCUGCUGUAGUACACAGAAAAUGCUUUUAA